GCGCACGCGCACCUCGCGCAGCACUACAAGUGGGCGAUCGACAGGGUGUUCGAGGAAGGGAGAGGGCACACGCACGUGAUCGUCGUGGAGGACGACAUGGUGUUCUCCGCGGACUUUGUGCAUUUAUUCACAUCCGCCGCGGGGCUUCUCGCGGAGGACCCGACGUUGUGGUGCGUGUCGUCCUGGAACGACAACGGCGCGAGAGGGCACGGGGAGGACCCGCGCGCGCUGUUCCGGACGUCCUUCUUCCCCGGUCUCGGGUGGAUGAUGCGCCGGGAGUUAUGGGAGGAGCUCUCCCCGAAGUGGCCGCGGCGGCAC